CGCUCCGCUCCGUUCAGGUUUCCUCGGACUUUCCCUCUGCCACAUGACAACUGACUUCCUCUUCGCCUAAACCGACUUCGGAUGAUCCGUGUUUCUUUUCUGCAGUUGCAGUAACGUUAGCUUUUUAACCUUGUGCUACACAGCCAUGCUUUUACUAAAAAGGACGCUUGUCUUUCUUUUAUUUGUUCUGCCUGCGACCAUCGCCUCUCCUGACAAAAUGACAGCAGCCACGGUGUAUUGGGACCCUCAACAAAAGACCGUCAUGCUGAAGGAAGGAGUGCUGGAGACCGAGGGGGAUGCAUACGGGUAUCUAAACGAUACCCUGUCCAGUACAGGCUGGAGCGUCCUAGAGAUCCGUGCCGGGUACGGACAGACCCCUGAAACUGAUGAGCUCACUUUCUUCCUGGCGGGCUACCUGGAAGGCUUCCUCACUGCCCAGCAGAUGAUGGAUCACUACACCAACAUGUUUCCACAGCUGAUCCACGACCCAAAGAUCCUUGGCCCCGUUCAGAGUUUCAUGGCGAAGCAGGAUGCAUGGACCAGAGAGCAUGUGAAACUGAACAAGAGCUCUGAUCCUCUGUGGAAACACACAGGCUUCAUCGUGGCACAGCUGGAUGGGCUGCAAGCAGGAGUCGCAGACUGGGCCAAGAAACAAGGGAAAAAGCCCCUGUCACAGUUUGACAUCCAGUUCCUGAAUGCAGUGGGAGACCUGCUGGAUCUGAUCCCAGCUUUGGUUGGCACAUCCAACGUUCCUCACAGAGACUUCAAACUGCCAGGGAUGGGGCACUGCUCGGCACUGAUCAAGAUGCUGCCUGGCUUUGAGAACCUCCUGUUUGCCCACUCCAGCUGGUACACAUACGCUGCCACAAUGCGGAUCUACAAACACUGGGAUUUCCGUAUCAAUGAGCCCCACAUGGCCACAGGGAAACUGUCCUUCAGCAGCUACCCUGGUUUCCUGGUGUCUCUGGAUGACUUUUACCUGUUGGGCAGCGGUCUGAUGAUGACCCAGACAACCAACAAUGUCUUCAACUCCUCGCUUUUUGAAAAAAUCACCCCCAACAGCCUGCUGGCGUGGCAGAGGGUCAGGCUGGCUCAUAGUUUGGCACAUACUGGAGAAGAAUGGGCCAAAACCUUCUCCAGGUACAACUCUGGCACAUACAACAAUCAGUAUAUGGUGCUGGACAGGAGCAAAGUGAAGCUGAGCCACAGUGUUGAUGACGGUGCUCUGACUGUGGUGGAGCAGAUUCCUGGAUUGGUGGAGUACUCUGACCAGACACAGGCUCUGCGCCGAGGAUACUGGCCAUCCUACAAUGUUCCCUUCCACAAGAAGAUCUACCUUCUGAGUGGUUAUGGACAAAUGUGGGAGGAGUACGGGGAGGACUUCUCCUAUGAUCUCUGUCCCAGAGCCAAGAUCUUCCGCCGUGACCAGGCUGAAGUCAAUGACCUGGACUCCUUGAAGCACAUCAUGAGGUCUAAUGAAUACAAGAAGGAUCCAUACUCUGAGGGGGACCCCUGCAAGUCCAUCUGCUGCCGUGGGGACCUGAGGGCAGAGAGGGCGUCACCAUCCGGUUGCUAUGACACUAAGGUAACAGAUUUCCUCAUGGCUGGGGACUUCCGUGCGGAGGCGGUGAACGGGCCGACGACACAGGGCGGACUCCCUCCCUUCGUCUGGGAUAAAUUCAGCAGCAUCAGCCACCAGGGCCUGCCGCAGUACUACAACUUCACCUUCGUCAUGAUGGAACCUUUUCUCUUCAAGCCAUGAGGCGUGUGUGUGCGUGUGGUGUGUGUGUGUGUGUGAGACUUAGGCAGAUAUUUGUGAAGUAAUGACUGAUGAGGGUCAAAUGUACAAUCUGUGCAAUGGUCAUUCUUAUCUGUUGCCCAAAGUUCAGAAUUGUGUGCUGCCAACAUAUUCUUUCUUUUUUAAUCUUUAAAUUUUGUGACAGUGCAUCCUACUGCCUGAUGAAAUUGUCAGACUGCCAAUCUGAUUUGAAAUCAGUAUUUGAACAUGUACUUGUCUCAGUGAAUGUUGGACGAUCUGACGGCAGAAAUCAGUAUAGGUUUUCUUUUUAUUUGCAGCCAUUUGCGCCUUGAUCACUGAGAGUAGCUUUAGGAUUUUAUUCAAAGCAGAAUCAAUGCACUAUUUGAGGCACCACGCCAUCUUUAAUCCUUUUUUUAAAUGUAUGAAUGCCUCCAUACAUGCAAACACAUUCAUUUCAAUGGUAAAUGAAAAGAAUCAGUGCAAUGUCACACUCAGGGCUGUUGAUCCUCUCUCCUGCUUUGAUUUAUGUGCAUCUAUAUCUUGUACUGUGCAAAUAUAUCAGGUUUAUAUUUUUGUAUAAGCCUCUGUUUUCUUGUGUAAUAAUACACAUUUGUAUCAUACCAGCAUUUUAUGUGUUAAUUGUUUAUUAAACCUUUACAGUUGUACCAGCACAGCCCAGUUUUCAAUCUUGUCUUGUGCAACAGCAACUUGCUUUUUUUAAACGGCUGAUGUGUAUUCUGUGUUGGGAAAGAUUCAUGACUGGGCUUGUUGAGAAAUGUUAUUACUUACCUCACUGAAGAGUUUUUGGUAAAGCUCAUUGCUGUCAAUAUCAGUAAGUUACGGAUAAAAAAUUAGAUGCUGUGGAGCUCCUCAGCUGCCCCCAUGAUGGAUUUACUACAAUCAAUACUAGUAUGUAGUUCAUGAGAACUUGCCUUUCAUCAUAGAACUUGCAUUGCAUUAAAGAGAGAAACUGGA